AGUAAACAAAUGUAUUGAUUCACCAACAAAAUAUUAAAAUCCUCUGUAUGGAACUAAUAGAUGCAAUUAUCAUAUUAUCACAUGAUGAUAUAAUACAAAGCAUUUAUUGCAUUCUGUAAAACAUUAUCAUUCUAUAUAAGAAAAGCUAAAUGUAUCAUUUUUUGUUCAAGAGAUGACCUUAGAUCAUGGCUGCAAUCCUGUCGAAAAAGCAGAGACUGAACUUUAAACAGGCAUAAAACUUGGGGACACUGAUGAGACAACGGAAGAAUCAUAUAAACCACAAGAUAGAGACAAUAAAGAGACCGGUUGUUCCAAAGAAAGCGCAUCUGUCAGUUUGUCAGUUUGUCAGCUUUUCAACAACAGAAAAUAGAUAUGGAUACAGACAUCCGCCAUGAAAAUGUGGACGGAAAGUCUUCGUGCUUUAAAGAGCCGUUCUUGUGCUCAAGCCGUUUUGUACUUAUCGUUAUCGGCUUCUUUGGAUUGAUGAGUCUUUACGCCUUGCGGGUAACCAUGAGCGUUGCAAUUGUAUGUAUGACAGGACCUGAGAAUAACACAAGCAAUACCUGCAGUUUUGCCGAUGGGAAUGCUUCUGAAAGUGAUAUGCCAGAGGUACAGGUAUCAGACCCAGAUGACAGGUUUGACUGGAACAAAGGAACUCAAGGACUUAUUCUUGGUUCAUUUUUUCUUGGAUAUGCACUAACACUAUUACCAUGCGGUUGGCUUGCGGGAAGAUAUGGAGGGAAACAAUUGUACGGCUGGAGCAUGUUUGUGUGUGCUGUUGCAACAUUAUUCACACCAUUAGCUGCGAGGACAAGUGUGGUUCUGCUUAUAGUUAUACGUGUUUUGAUUGGACUAUGUCAGGUAAAAUCUAGUAGGAAAAUCUGCGUUCAAAAAACGCAACCUACUUAAAACGAUACCGUUUAGCUGUGUUCGUAUAAAUAUGUAUAUACUAGAUAUUUAUAUAUUCAUAAAUGACAUAAAACAUAUAAGGAUCUGAAACUGAAACUGAAACUGUUUCAUUUGAUUUAACGUCUAUUUUUACGCAAAACAUAUUCAAUGGCGUUUUACAAAUACAUAAAAAUACGACAAAAAUUAAGAUAUUUAAUGACAUAUAACAUAAAUUAGCAUAAAUACCAUUGAGAAUAAUCUAUUUAGUAAGCAUUAAAAAAAGAUCAGACAUCAGAUAAGAUUAAUAAAAUAUUAGAAUAUUAAGAUACAGUAAGACAGCUGUUUGUUAUUAAGUAAGAAUAAGUGGGUUAUUGCGACAUGUCCAGAAGUUAUUACAAACAACUGUUUUUUGUAUUUGUUAUAAUAUGGUUCAUAUUCGAAUGUAUUUACACAAUAAAAUCAUCCAGUUCACGUUA